UUUGGGUUGCUCGUGGGAAACGCGCUAAGCCGUCCCGAGCCUCCACUCCUCCACUUAGAUCAAACCCCCUGGCAAUCGCCAAAGUGUCCAUCUCAAAUUCAAGCCUCAAGCCUCAAUCUCAAGGAAGCUUGUCGAAUGCCUCUUAUUCGAAUAUUCCACUCACAAACCAAUAUUCGGUAACACCUAUCUCAACCCGAAUACAUCCGAAUACCUUGGGUUCGUUGUCGCCGAGAAAACCAUGUUUUUCUCGGCCACGUCCCUGUUGUUUGCGGCCAGCUUCCUGCAAGCUGCGCUAGGUCACAAUAUCCAGCUUCCCGCCCAUGGCCGUGAAUGCUUCCACGAGCAGCUCCACAAGGACGAUGUCAUGACCGUAACCUUCCAGACUGGUGACAGGGAGUUUGGAGGUGCUGGAAAUCUCGAUAUUGACUUCUGGAUCACGAAUCCGAUGGGCCAAUACGAGACCUUCCAGAAGGACGUUUCAAACGGCGAUUUCUCUUUCACGGCUAAGCACGACGGCAAAUUCCUCUACUGCUUCGGUAACGAGCACUGGGGUUCCAACAGCAAGGAGGUCUCCUUCAACGUUCACGGUAUCGUCUACGUGUCAGAAUCCGAUUCUCCUCAAGACCCGUUAGAAAAAGAGAUUAAGCAACUUUCCGAACUAGUCGACCAAGCCCGUGACGAACAAUCUUACAUCGUUGUCCGAGAACGUACCCACCGCAACACUGCUGAAAGCACAAAUAGUCGAGUUAAGUGGUGGAACUUGUUUGUAAUUGGUGUCGUAGUAGGCGAGUCUCUAUUCCAAGUUUGGUGGUUACGAAGGUUCUUCGAGGUCAAGCGGGUGGUAUAAGGCCACAACAUUAAGGGGCAGUACGAUUCGACGGCCAUCUCAUUUCUGGGUAGUCUGGCGUAUUGUGAGGCUGGCAUUGAAACGGGAAUUAUAAAAAAGAUGGGCAACGUUCAUGAAGUAGGGAAUUAUGCACAAAUUGUACAAUAAUGAAGAGAAGACCUUUGAUACCUUAUUCCCUGUGGUCUACAUUUUGAUACGUUACAGGUUCCGAAGAACAUUGUUCUUGUUAUAUUGACAACGGCAAAUCUAACGAACA